AUGGGAGCGAUCGAAGAGGUACCUACUCGUGUUGAGGGGGGAAUGCAUGAAUCAGAACGAGCGGAAGGAGCGGAAGGAGCGGGAGGAGCGGAAGGAAACGAUGGAAGGGAAGCAGCCGAAGGGGAGGAAGGAGCCAAUGUGCGGGAAAAUCGAGGAGGAGAAGAAGCUUCGAUGGCAGAGGUGACAGAAGGGGAGGAACGAGGCGAAGGGGAGAGGGCGGAAGGAGCAAGAGAGGGGACGGAUGCAGCAACAGGGGGGACGGCGUUGGAUGCGGCAGAAAACGCGGAGGGGAUGGAGGGAGCGGGAGAGACGGCGGCAGUUGCGGACUGGCCGCUGCUGCAGUUCUCGCAGCCAGCUCCCGCCUGUCGCGCGCUGAUCUGGCAAUGCUUCCGCGCUGACGCGGACGCUGACGUGGCAGCCGACGCGGCGGCUGACGUGGCAAGCGGAAGAAGCGGAGGGCGGGGGUGCGAGGAGGGGAGUGCGGCGGGCAGGAAGCGGAAGGCUGGGUGUGAGCGUGUGGUGCGGAGCCGGCGACAAGUGGACCCCUCUGGAAACUUUCUCAAGGGCGUGAAGUGGUCGCCAGAUGGCACGUGCCUAUUGGCUUCCAGCGAGGAUUGCUGCCUGCGCCUCUUUGACCUCCCUGCUGACAUCAUGCUGGCGUCAUCUGCCCCAUUUGACAUGAACGAUGAGGCCACACUCCCCAACCGAGAUUCGCUGGCACCGGCAGUGAUGGUCAGGGAGGGGGAGACCAUCUAUGACUUUGCAUGGUUCCCUGCCAUGUCAGCAGCUGACCCGGUGUCAUGUGUGUUUGCAUCAACAUCAAGGGACCACCCCGUGCACCUGUGGGAUGCCAUGACCGGCCAGUUGCGCUGCACGUACCGAGCAUAUGACCACCUGGAUGAGAUCGCUGCUGCCCUCUCCCUCACCUUCUCUUCUCAAGGAGACAAGCUCAUCCUGGGCUUCCCACGCUGUCUCAGAGUGUUUGACACGAGCAUACCAGGGCGUGAUUGCCAGCAGCACAGCACGGGCACCAAAGGACGCGGCCAGACAGGUCUGCUGUCCUGUCUAACCACCAAUCCGUACAUGCCGGGGCUGCUAGCUGUGGGGUCGUAUGAUGGCAGUGUGGGGCUGUACGGGGAUCUGGGGAGAGAGGCCAUGGCAGUGAUGCACGGGCACACAGGAGGGGUCACUCAGGUGCUCUUCUCUCGGGAUGGCAACUUCCUCUACUCGGGUGCGCGCAAGGAUCCAGCCAUUCACUGCUGGGACGUGCGGAAUACAUCAGGCGUUGUGUACAGCAUGCAGCGGUGUGUGACAUCCACCAAUCAGCGCAUUGCAUUCGACAUUGACCCCUCCAACCGCCAUCUCGCCACCGGGGGAGAGGACGGUCAGGUGAGGGUGUAUGAUCUCGCUUCAGGCUCCAAAAUCGCAGCCUUUCAAGCCGCUCAAGACACCAUCAAUGGAUUCGCCUUCCACCCGUGCCUGCCUCUAGCUGCCACGUCAUCAGGCCACCGCAGGUUCCACCUGCCGCCGCCCCUCACACCUGCCAGCCCACCUGAAGCAGACACCUGCUCACCUGAAGCAGACAACUGCUCACCUGAAGCAGACAACUGCUCACCUGAAGCACCCGCCAUUGCACCUGAAGUGGGGCACGUUUCCCCUGAGUUUGCACUGGCAUCACAUCACAAGACAGCAGAUCGGCUCCACAGUGAGUGCUUGCUCGCGACUCAUUCAAUCCUGACGUGGUCUUUAAUCUCAAAUGUCUUCUUUAGUGCUUAA